UUUCCGAUUCUGUUUUGAAAUUAUGUUAUUUUUUCUAGAUUAUCUUGAUUUUCUUGCUUGUUUAAAACUCUACAUGUUUCAAUUUAAUGACUUAUUCUUGUAUAUGUAUGUUUUGCAACAUAGAUGAUUUUUUUUUAUUGGCAUUACUUUCACUUGUGAUAAAUUGAGUAGUUUUGUUGCUGCUAAUCAUACAGCAAAUUUACUUGGACAGUGUAAGUGUUUAUGAAGUUUCUACGUUGAUUAAAUAUGUGUGUUGAAAUUGUUCUUGAGUUAAGAAUUCUGCAGGUUUGAUCAAUUCGUAUUUAAUGUGUUACUGGAUUCGCGUAUGCAUGUUGAAUAUUAUCAGGAAUUUUGUUUGGUAGCUUGUGACGAAGUUGAGCAACUUUCCAAAAAAAAUUAUAAGGCGCUGCUGAAUUUUUGUUUUGUUAUCAUCUCAAUUCUCAUGAUGUUAUUGUGCAUUCGGGAAGUCCCUCCGAAGACGGGAUUGAUAAAUAUCUGAUUUGUGGCUCACCUAGGAUAUGGCUUUUGAUAACAUUGAUUUUGCACUCCAGGAAAGCCAAUAUACUUAUAUACUUCCCUCCUUUUCUCAAUACUUGCAACCGUUUGACUUUUGCAUUUUUAAUCUAUUACCUUUGACUAUAAACAUUUAUAUAAAACAAAAAUGCUAUUGAGUAAGUUGUUGGAUUAAUCUCAUGUGGAUUUUCUAAAUAUCAACUUUUUUUUUAUAAUUUUUACUAAUUGAAAAGUUUAGAUAUCAAUGAUCAAAAGUGCCUUCGCAAGCGUGAAAGUCAAACUGUUGCAAGUAUUGAGAAUUAGAGGAAGUACUAUAUAUUGGUCAUGGUAUAUGUAUUGCUAUUUAAUUUUUCCAAUGCAAUUACUAUUUGGCUUCUGGUACCAUUUAUCUAGAGAAAAUUAGGUCAAGAAUUAGAACAUUAUGAUUCAAGUGCAAAAUAUUUCUAGUAUGUGGCAAUUUUAUACAAUACAAAUUGAGUAAGUUGCUGUAUAGACAAACAGAUGCAUGGUGAAAUGCCCCCUAGUCCCCUACAUAGCUACAUCACCUUUAUCUUUCACCAUAUUCUCGUUGGUCUUUGCAUCUCAACAAUUUCCUGAUGCAAAUAAAUGAAGAUUGGCUUGUGCGCCUAAAGAUGUAAAUUUGUGACCCAAUCAGUGGAAAUGACAAGGCCCGUGACUUGCUAGCAUUGUUACGACAAUAAAAUUCAGAAAGAGCCUGAUGAUAGCAGUUUAUGACAGUCAUCUUUCUUGUGGGGUUACCUUGUAUCACCAAUAGCCGGAGGAGCUCUUGUGGAUUACUAUGGCGGUAAAGUUAUCAUGGGAUGGGGCGUUGCUUUGUGGUCCUUUGCCACAUUUUUUACUCCCUGGGCAGCUGAAACGUCUCUCUGGGCUCUGCUUGCUAUGCGAGCUAUGCUUGGCAUUGCAGAAGGUGUAGCUCUUCCUUCGAUGAAUAACAUGAUAUCAAAAUGGUUUCCUCGAACAGAACGAUCAAGAGCUGUUGGAAUAGCAAUGGCUGGGUUUCAGCUGGGAAGUGUUAUUGGACUAGUUCUUUCUCCUAUCCUUAUGUUUAAUGCUGGUGUGUUUGGACCAUUUGUGAUAUUUGGAUUAUUUGGAUUUCUCUGGGUUGUGGUGUGGCUGUCUGCUACUUCCAGUAUUCCAGAGAGAAGCCCUCAAAUUUCUGAGUACGAACUAAAUUACAUACUAACAAAGAGGCAACAGUCUCUUCCAUCCAUUGCCGGUAAGACACAUAAAGCUAAAGUGAUCCCACCUUUCAAGCGACUGCUCUCUAAGCUUCCUACUUGGUCACUUAUGGUUGCCAAUGCGAUGCAUAGUUGGGGGUUCUUUGUUCUUCUUUCCUGGAUGCCCUUAUAUUUUAACAGUGUAUAUCAUGUUGAUCUUAGACAAGCUGCAUGGUUCAGUGCUGUUCCUUGGAGUAUGAUGGCUCUAGUGGGAUAUUUUGGAGGUGCUUGGUCAGAUAUGUUGAUCCAGCAUGGUUUAAGUGUCACUUUGACCCGAAAAUUAAUGCAGUCCAUAGGAUUUAUUGGCCCUGGCAUUGCUCUAAUUGGCCUGACUACAGCAGCUAGCCCCUUAAUAGCUUCUGCUUGGCUUACAUUAGCUCUUGGACUAAAGUCAUUCAGUCAUUCUGGUUUCCUUGUCAAUAUACAGGAAAUUGCUCCACAAUAUACCGGCAUAUUACAUGGGUUGGCAAAUACAGCAGGAACUUUUGCUGCUAUUCUGGGAACAGUUGGGGCUGGUUUUUUUGUUGAAUGGUUUGGGUCUUUCAGAGGAUUUAUAUGGCUGACAUCAUUCUUGUAUUUUCUUGCCGCUUUGUUCUGGAAUCUAUAUUCAACCGGAGAGCUAGUAGAUUUCGAUGCAUCAAGUUCAUGAACCAGAUUCCGUAGGAGUGGUAAUACCAGUCUGUACAUAUUGUGGAUCUAGCAUAAUACUACUACAAUUGAAGAGGAAUAUCAAAAGUGAUAAAAAUAGGUUCGGCUGCAUCUGUUUUCAUCCCAAAGCACAGAAUUGUCUGAAUAUCUCUUGUUGUAAUUAAUGAACAUCAUGUUGUACAUGAGCAAUUGUGUAUAGCGCAGUAAUAGCUGUAUAAAUAGACUAGAAUGGUUAUCAAUAAUGACCUUGUUUGUAAACUCCCCAGCAACGAUAUAUAAAUCACUGGGAAUCGACAAAAUGAUCGAACCUACGAAGUUUUUUUUUGUUA